CAAGCUCAAGAGACGACGAAAUCGAUGAAUAAAAUUGAAACCGGACUCGUUCUCGAAUCGGAUCAUGGAUCGGGUACGGGUAUGAAUCUCGCGACUGCGUUAGAGGCGGAGAGGUAUAACAGAGGAGAAUCGACGGAGGCGGAGGUAGAUAUGACGCCGAGGAGAGUAUCGUUGAUGAGAUUGUUGGAAGAGACGGCGGAGAGAAUCGUUGAUGAAGACGGAAAAGAAACGGAGAUUUUGACGGCGUCAAUGGGGACGUUAACGGGUAAUGAUUCGGUGUGUUGCGUGUGUAUGGGAAGAAAGAAAGGAGCCGCGUUUAUUCCAUGUGGUCAUACUUUUUGCAGAGUGUGCUCUAGAGAAUUGUGGCUGAACCGUGGAUCGUGUCCUCUUUGUAACCGUCCGAUCAUUGAGAUACUCGAUAUCUUUUGAAAACGAUCGGACGGCUAAAAGUUCUCGAUCCACGUGAGUAAGUGAGGUGAUCCCUAGAUACGUUCCAAAUUUUAACUACGGUUUGUGUACUUUGUACGUUUCUUUUGGUUAAUGGAAGAUGAUGUAAAUGCAAAAGAAAUACAUGAGGUUUUUUUUC